GCAUCCCCUUGCUCUAUGAUUGGCCAAAUGUCACGAAUGUCAAGAGAAUGUUAUGAAUUGUGCUUUUUGAUUGGCUGGAAAUGUUAAGGUGCUUCGACGCGAUUGGUCCAAAUGUCAUAGGGCUUCGAUGCGAUUGGCUGCGCAGUUCGACAUUGCUCAACAUUUCUGAAAUUAUGUCGGACUAUCCUUCGCCAUCUAGCGCUAGAAAUCCAUUGGGGUCUCUGUGACGGUCACGGGAAGACCGCACAUUCAACAUGGACUUUAAUACACACACAUACUCACAAACACACACAGAGACUGUUUAGUGAUAAGAGUUUAUUGUAAUUAUUGAUCAGAGUGAAUGGAAUACCUGUAAAUGAUGUGUAUUGUUCCCGUGUAGCAUUUGUCCCGUGAUUUUUAGAGUCCCGGUAGGAAACCAUGGCAGGAAUUAUUGGUUCCGCUUAGGGUGGGAAUCUACCAUGUAUUAAUUGAGCGAGGGGUUUCAGGGGCAACGCGGCCGAGUUGUUGCUGUUAUUUCCUGUUUAAUGUGAAUGAUUUAAUAACAUCAAAGUAGAUUUAUUAAUUAUAACAUCAUGCCAAUAUGUUUCUUUUAGACGCUGUAUAUUUAGGUGAACAUGUGUAAAGUGUUGUAUGUGAGUUUGUCCCUCCCCAUGGGGUAAUGGUGCUGGCCACCAGUAUAAAUGUGAAUGACUUUGUAAUGGAAGGUAGUCUGUGUUUGUUGCUGCAGUGGAGAGUGUGGCCUGAGGGUUGUAGGUAUUGUGGGUAUUUUGUUUAGUUAUUUUGAAAUUGACCUUGUUGUUAAGGAAGUUAUUUUUGGAAACUUAUUUUGCAUUUGAAAUUAAUUUGGAUUUUUCUUUUUGGUUAAGACUUUGUUCCUUCUAUUUUUUGCCAUGUUUAAUUAUAUUAUUGGGCUUGGAUGAUUGCCCUUUUGUAAGUUUAAAUAAAUAUUUGUUUACAUUUCAAAGUUGUGUAUUCAUACUGCCUCUGUUUAAUUUGGCUACAAAAUUUGUGGUGCCUAUUAGUAGGCUGACCAUUACACUGGUGUCAGAAGUGGGAUAGCCAGAAGAGAGCAGUAGGGAUUUUUUUUUUUUUUGUUUGUUUUAUUUUUAACUCUCCACUGCAGUCAACAGUGGCAUAGUGUCGGCUCAGAAUGGCUCCUAAAAAGGUGCGGACGGAUCAAGCUGAGGUGGAGGAACCCGGUAGAGCUGUUGGGGAAGGUGAUGUUAGUGAAGUGGAACUGGGGAGCGUCACUGAGGAUGUCUCACUUGCAGAGUUGAGAGACCUGUUCCGUUCACAUUUCGCACAGCAGCAGGCUCGAGACCGUCGCCUGGAGCAAGAGGCUGACCGACAAGAUGCUCGGUGGAGAGCAAUGCAGCAUCAGUUCUCUCUUCUGCAGCAGGAAGUGCAUGUAAGGACGACGCCAGAUCUACGGCCUGGUAGUGAUAUUCAGACUGGCCUUUUAUCACAACCAACAGUCCAGCGAGUGCCCUCAGUGUUACGGGAUACAUCAGUCAGCCGACAGAUGGAAUCACCAGCUGCAUCUCCACUGGAAGGCCAAGGCCAGAGUCCAUUGAGAAUUGAGAGAGAGCCACACCUGCAACGACUGAGUGAGACAGAUGACGUAGAGCAUUAUUUAGCUACUUUUGAACGAAUAGCGAUGGCGUGUCGGUGGCCAACAACCGACUGGGCAGUUAGGUUAGUGCCCCUCUUGUCGGGCAAGGCUAGGGCUGCAUAUGUAUAUAUGGACAUGGUAGACUCACUUGAUUAUGACAAAGUCAAAGCAGCCAUUCUUGCUAAGUAUGACAUAAAUGCAGAGACUUAUCGGCUUCAGUUCCGGUCAACAGAAGUGAAGGAGAAUGAAACCCCAAAAGAGUUGUAUGCCAGACUAAAAGAAAACUAUGCCAAGUGGGUGCAGCCACAGCAUCAUACUAAGGAGGAGAUUGGGGAGACAGUCAUUUUGGAGCAGUUUUUGCGCAUGUUGGCCCCUGAUCUGCAAGUAUGGAUUAAGGAAAGAGGCCCUGUCUCUGCUGCAGAAGCCGCCAACUUAGCAGACACCUUUGUGGCAGCGCGACGCAAGACUCAACCAUGGACAUUCAAGCGUUGGAAGGGGAGUAAAGAUUCCAACAAGUUCCAACACUCCUUCCCCACUACAGUAAGAGCCAUCCAUGAAGACUGAUGCUUCUAAUACUGGCAUUGGGGCAGUGCUGUUGCAAGGGGCACUGGGAGAUAGACAUCCAGUGGCCUAUAUAAGUCGCAAGUUGUAUCCCAGGGAGGUGAGAUACUCCACCGUUGAGAAGGAGUGCUUGGCCGUUAAAUGGGCCCUGGACACGUUCAGGUACUACCUUCUUGGCCGGGAGUUCCUCCUUGAAACUGACCACCGGCCACUGCAAUGGAUGGAUCGAAUGAGAGACUCAAAUGCACGAAUCACUCGAUGGUAUCUAUCUAUGCAACCUUAUCGUUUUAUUGUCCAACAUGUUCCAGGAAAGAGUAAUGCUACAGCGGACUUUCUUUCUCGCCUGCCGGCUUGAAAAUGGGUGGAGGGGAGUGUGACGGUCACGGGAAGACCGCACAUUCAACAUGGACUUUAAUACACACACAUACUCACAAACACACACAGAGACUGUUUAGUGAUAAGAGUUUAUUGUAAUUAUUGAUCAGAGUGAAUGGAAUACCUGUAAAUGAUGUGUAUUGUUCCCGUGUAGCAUUUGUCCCGUGAUUUUUAGAGUCCCGGUAGGAAACCAUGGCAGGAAUUAUUGGUUCCGCUUAGGGUGGGAAUCUACCAUGUAUUAAUUGAGCGAGGGGGUUUCAGGGGCAACGCGGCCUAGUUGUUGCUGUUAUUUCCUGUUUAAUGUGAAUGAUUUAAUAACAUCAAAGUAGAUUUAUUAAUUAUAACAUCAUGCCAAUAUGUUUCUUUUAGACGCUGUAUAUUUAGGUGAACAUGUGUAAAGUGUUGUAUGUGAGUUUGUCCCUCCCCAUGGGGUAAUGGUGCUGGCCACCAGUAUAAAUGUGAAUGACUUUGUAAUGGAAGGUAGUCUGUGUUUGUUGCUGCAGUGGAGAGUGUGGCCUGAGGGUUGUAGGUAUUGUGGGUAUUUUGUUUAGUUAUUUUGAAAUUGACCUUGUUGUUAAGGAAGUUAUUUUUGGAAACUUUAUUUUGCAUUUGAAAUUAAUUUGGAUUUUUCUUUUUGGUUAAGACUUUGUUCCUUCUAUUUUUUGUCAUGUUUAAUUAUAUUAUUGGGCUUGGAUGAUUGCCCUUUUGCAAGUUUAAAUAAAUAUUUGUUUACAUUUCAAAGUUGUGUAUUCAUACUGCCUCUGUUUAAUUUGGCUACAAAAUUUGUGGUGCCUAUUAGUAGGCUGACCAUUACAG